UCUUUUUUUUUCGUUACAUAUAAAUCCAAAGCGACAUGAGUGAUACACCUGAAAAACCUGAAAAGAAGGAAGUGACUUCUACUGAACAUAUUAAUCUCAAAGUAGUGGGAAGUGAUAACAAUGAAGUAUUCUUCAAGAUCAAACGUACAACACCACUUCGUAAGUUAAUGGAUGCUUAUUGUGAACGACAAGGAAAGAGCGCAGGUUCCGUACGAUUCUUAUACGAUGGCAAUCGUUUACUACCAACCAAUACUCCAGACGAAUUGGAUAUGGAAGAUGGUGAUAGUAUUGAUGUGAUGGUGGAACAGAUAGGUGGCACUUUCUAGAUAGGAUAGCUUUUACUGUAUGGAAUUCUCUUUUUUUUCUUUUCUUUUCUUUUUUUUUU